GCGCAGGCGCGGGCGCAGGUUGCAGCAGCUCCCGGCUCGGCUGAGGCCCUCACGAUCCCGCCCCUCCCCCGCCCAUCUCGGCUGCUGCGGGACGCUCUAGGCCGAACGCUCCAACCCCCAACAGUCGGGACUGCGGACUCUGCGACCCUUCCCUCGGGCCUGUCCGGCCCGGAGCAGCCCGGGACUGCGCAGCGCCCCGCGUGCCGACAUGGGAAAGUCUCUUUCUCAUUUGCCUUUGCAUUCAAGUAAAGAAGAUACUUAUGAUGGAAUCACAUCAACUGAAAACAUGAGGAAUGGACUGGUUAAUAGUGAAGUCCAUAAUGAAGAUGGAAGGAAUGGAGAUGUCUCUCAGUUUCCAUAUGUGGAAUUUACAGGAAGAGAUAGUGUCACUUGCCCCACUUGUCAAGGAACAGGAAGAAUUCCUAGGGGUCAAGAAAACCAGUUGGUGGCAUUGAUUCCAUAUAGUGAUCAGAGAUUGAGGCCACGAAGAACAAAACUGUAUGUGAUGGCAUCUGUGUUUGUCUGUCUGCUCCUCUCUGGAUUGGCUGUGUUUUUCCUUUUCCCUCGCUCUAUUGACGUGAAAUACAUUGGCGUAAAAUCAGCAUAUGUCAGUUACGAUGUUCAAAAGCGAACAAUAUAUUUAAAUAUCACAAACACAUUAAAUAUAACGAAUAAUAACUAUUAUUCUGUUGAAGUUGAAAACAUCACUGCUCAAGUUCAGUUUUCAAAAACAGUUAUCGGAAAGGCACGCUUAAACAACAUAACCAAUAUUGGUCCACUUGAUAUGAAACAAAUUGAUUAUACAGUACCUACUGUUAUAGCAGAGGAAAUGAGUUAUAUGUAUGAUUUCUGCACACUGAUGUCCAUCAAAGUGCAUAACAUAGUACUCAUGAUGCAAGUUACCGUGACAACAACAUACUUUGGCCACUCUGAACAGAUAUCCCAGGAAAGGUACCAGUAUGUCGACUGUGGAAGGAAUACCACUUACCAGCUAGGGCAGUCUGAAUAUCUAAAUGUCCUUCAGCCACAACAGUAAAAACUGCAGGAGGUGCAACUAGAAAAGACAGAAUACUCAGUUAUUUUCCAAACUCUCAAGAAGAAGGUAUUUCCUAAUAGGAGAUCUUAAAUUGAACAAACCUAAAGUUUACACUUCUAUUUUAAGAGUUUGGUUAAAAGUAUGUGGACUUGAAAUUAUUGCAACUCUCCAUAGUGUGUUGAUGAUAUAUUUGUACCAGGAUCUGUUACUUGAAUAUAAAUUUACUGAUUGGGUUUCUUCUCCCCUGACCCAAAGGGAAAAACUGAUACUUCUGUACUAUAAUUAAUAAUUAUUUGAAUGUCAUAGCUCCAAUUCAUACCUUUACUGAGAACAUGAUUUUGGUGAUAAACAUAAUAUGAGAAACUUAUGUUCUGAAUGUUUUUAUAGAAAAUUACUAAGAGGAUAUUAUUCAUGGAAAACUUUUAAAAAAUAAUAAUUUUUUUCCUAUUUUAUAAAUUCCCAUUACUACAUGGUAGUAUUUCAACUACAUGGUAUUUUAGCUUUUAGCUAAAUGUUUUUAGCUUUUAGUUUGUUGAUAUUCUACUCAUUUGCAUGAUCUUGUCUUAUUUCAAACUAGUGAUUGCACAACACCUACCAACCAAAAUAAUCUUUGCAAAAUUUUGCGCCUAAAAUUUUUAAAAAUUUCUGAAGUGUUUCAUGUGUCUUCCCUCAUUAGCUAUAGUUUUGUGAAAUUUUCCUGUGAUCUUUAAACAUGGUCGUUUAAUGUACAAUAUUGUAAAUAAACUAUGCAUGGCUUUUAUCGGGUUUAAUAAACAUCAAAUAAAGUGGUACAGAUUCAAAAUUAAAGCAAGUUUAUCACAAAAAUAAAGAAAAUAGGAAAUGAAAUUCAGAAACCUAUAGAGUGUGAAUAGGUUCCAAUUAUAUGUUGGAUCUGGCAUAAAACAUAUUUGAAAUAAACUACUUUGAUUCUUCACUUUUUUUUUAUGUUGCUUUCCAUACUAAAAAAUGUUGUAGACACUUUUCACAACUAUUAGGUACCCAGUUGCCAAUUUUAUGAAUGUUUUAGAGGAGGAAAUUAUUUCUUUGAUAGAAAUUAUUCAAGAAAUCCUGCCAUUAAGUAACCAUGGCUAUAUAAAAAUAAAACCUGUAUUAUGGUUUUAAAAAUUCAAUCACUUUGCACAUCACAUGGAUAUGAUGCCUUCUAACAGUUAUAUUUCUAAAAUUAUCUGCUUUUGAUUUUAGUUUUACUUAAAAUUGUUUUCACAUAUAACUUAUUGGCAUGUUCACUUUGCUGUUUUAUAUUUCCAGUACCAUUUUCCAUUUGGUCUUCUUGCCUUUUCACUUUCCAGGUUCUUAUGACCUUUUAAAUACAUACCACUAAGUGUAGAACUGAAUAGGAUACCAAAAACUGUAUAAGUGGGUAGAAGUUGAUUUCUUUCUGUUCCCUAGUGACAGAAAUCAGGUUUUCCUUCCCCCACCCCCAAGUGCCUAGCAGGUCUGAAACAGCCUGUUCUCUCAACUAUAAAAUGUAAAUUUUAAUUGUCACUCAGGUCUCCCCUUAGCUAUCAGAUCAUUUUCUCCAUCUUUUCUUGAGUAGCCAUUUUAAGUGGGUAGAAUAUGCUUUAUGGCUUUAUUUUUUUUUCCCUUUCUUUCUUUUUUUUUUUUUUUAAACUACUUAGUUUUUUCUUGAUCCAUCGUUAACUGGGCCAUUCUUACUUUAAACCCAGAUCACCCCUUUAAAUUCAUUCAAACUUUCUAGUCAAACCUAGUCUUUACUUUCAUUUUUCUUCGGCUGUGUUUUCUCCCAUUCUCCUAGAAACCACAUACUUCUCUGAUGUUAAUUCUGUUAGUAUUUUUUUAAAUCAUUCUCCAUUUACUUUUCCACAUUCCCUCAUUUAGACAUAAUUUAUUUCUAUGAAUGGCCUAGGCCCACUUUUGCCUCAAACAUUCUAAUCCUAUGACUUCAAAAAUUCCCAGUAUCUGUAGGAAGGCUUCCAAAUCUGUUUCUGCAUCCCUAACCAGAUCCAGUAUUUCUUGGCCUUCCAUAUGAAGAAAAAAAAAAAUGUUGCAGAACUUUUAUCAUUUCUAUUUGUUCCCACCCUGCUUUUGUGCCACCUUUACAUCAAUGUCA